AUGCAUGGGAGACUGAAAGUUAGAACAACAGCAGAGCAGCAAGAAGCUAAACGGAAAGAAAGAGAAAAGAAACAGAAAAUUUAUACAGCAGCAACUCAACGUACAUUCCAAAAGAGAGAGAAUAAAGAAUAUGAUGAAGAAGCACUGAAGAUAACUGGUGAAAUAUUAUCAGUUAAUCCUGAUUUCUAUUCACUCUGGAACUUUAGAAAAGAAAUAUUUCUACAUUUUAAAGAUGUGAAGCCAACAGAAGAGUUAAAUAAAUUAUUUGAAGAAGAAUUGUAUUUUUUGGAAUCUUGUCUGAAAGUGAAUCCCAAGUCGUAUGGAACAUGGCACCAUCGUUGUUUUGUAAUGACUACAAUGCCCAUACCGGAUUGGACCAGAGAACUUCAGUUGUGCAAUAAAUUUUUAGAAUAUGAUGAAAGAAAUUUUCAUUGUUGGGACUAUAGAAGAUUUGUGGUCAAGACGUCUAAUGUACCAGCUAAAGACGAAUUUGAUUUUACAACAGCUAAAAUAGCUAGUAAUUUCUCUAACUAUUCAUCAUGGCAUUAUAGAAGUAAAUUAUUACCUCAACUAUACCCUGAUUCUCAUCAUUCCAGUGGUGUUCAGGAGGACAUCUUAUUACAAGAAUUUGAAACAGUACAGAAUGCAUUCUUCACUGACCCUAAUGAUCAAAGUUCCUGGUUUUAUCACAGAUGGUUAUUAGGUAGAGGAUGUAGAAAGUUAGAUAUUGACAGUGUUUAUAUCUCUAGACACAAAUCUUGUAUAUUGGUCACUUUUACUAAAACUUUAUUGAUAAGUAGAGAAAAUAGUAUAAAUUUAGUCAUAAAUGGUAAAGAUGUAGAAGGUGAAUGGCUUAACCAAAAACAACAAGCUAAAUAUUCUACUUUUUGGAUAUCCUUUUGUAAUAACUUUUGGUGCUCUUCAUAG